GCGCACCAGGUGGACUCUGCUGACUCGGGCCGAUCAGCGUGCGCAUAUUUGCAAAAAAAAAUGCUGCCUUUCCUUCUAAUCAACCCGCAAGACAGUCACCUGAAAUAAUUAUGUUUGAUUAAGCUGUUGACUCCGAUCGUUGCCCCCCAACUCCAGACAGCCAUGUUCGUCGGCCCCCUUUCUUUCUCUGCUCUUCGCUUUCCCUGCUCGUCGCCGCCGCCGUCCAGCUAGCCAACAUGGUUUCCUGGAGUGAUGGAUCCAGCUCCUCGUCACUGGGCGGCGACUCUGUCAGCAGUCCGGCUCCUCCCAUUGUUGUCUGCUCCGAAUGGAGCGGCCUUGCUGCAGAUCUACCUGCUAGAUGUGAACACCAAGCCAUAGUUGAGAAGUUUGUGGCCUUUGAGUCUGUGGACAAUGGAAGAAGAUUCCUGAGUUGUGCACAAAAGGAAGGGACUAAAUGCAGCUAUGUGCACUGGGUUGACCCAGAGUGGCCUCCUCAAUUGAAGAUGAGUCUAGCUAGGCUCUGGGACAUGUAUGAAGAUGAGGCCAAGCUCUGGCUCAGGAAAAAUGUUGUCAAUGCUGAAGAAAACUGUAAGAUGUUAGGACCGAAGGAACAUAUGGAAAAAUAUCUUAGAUUUUUUUAAGCUAGAUUUUGCUAAGAUGGUGGCUGAGAAGGAGGAGGCAAUUGCCCAAUUGGGAAGCACACAGCUUGCUCUUUCCGACCUAAAGCAAGAGCUUGAGAAGAAGAAGUUGUCUGAUAAAUCUACCACUAGCAUUCAUCAGGUGGUGAGUGCUAAGGCAGAGAAAGAGAGGGAUCAGAUGAUGCAAGAGAGGGAUAAAUUGAUGGAAGAGAGGGAGCAGUUGAAGAAAGAGAAGAAGAAGCUAGACUACAUGAUUGGUGACUUAUUCAAGCAUAAGGAAGACACCAAGUGCAAGAUAAUGAAGGUUAGGGAGAUGCUAGAUGAAAUUGAGUGAUCCAUUGUUGUUGUAAUGUCUGUUGAUCUUAAUAUGGUGUACUUUUGUAAUGAAGUUGUUUCAGUGGGCUUGUUUAAUUUGGUGAAUUAGUAUGAGUGGACUUGUUAAAUUUGGUGUAGCCCACAUUUGAGUGACCCAUUGAAGUUGUUUGGGUCAGUGUACUUGUUUAAGUUAGUGGAUUAGUAUCUUUGAUGGAAGAUGACUGAAUUAUUUGAUGCA